AUCACCCAUUAGGUCAUUGUGAAGAACAAUUUAUAGGUCCUCAUUCCUCUCCAGUCUACUCUUCAAUUAUCUUGAAAUUCGAAACCUUAUCGGUACAAAAAAUUAUGGCCGGCGGGAAAGGUGAAGUUUCUGCAACUUCCGGCCUCCUUUUUCCCUUGAUUGAAUCAGUGGAGAAGCCGAAAAGAAACAGGUUUUCUUACGUAUGUGCAACCAUCGCUUCCAUGUCUUCCGUCUUGCUCGGCUACGACAUCGGUGUAAUGAGUGGCGCUACAAUCUACAUUCAAGAAGACUUCAAACUUUCUGAUGUGCAAGUGGAAAUCUUGGUUGGUAUCGUCAGUUUCUAUGCUACCUUUGGAUCCGCCGCCGCCGGCAGAACCUCCGAUAUGUUCGGACGCCGCUACACCAUGGCUCUCUCCGCCGCAUUCUUCUUCCUUGGAGCCAUUCUCAUGGGCUUUGCCCCUAACUACGGCCUCCUAAUGGCUGGCAGAUUCGUCGCCGGGAUCGGUAUUGGAUACUCUUCCUUGAUUGCCUCUGUUUAUACCACCGAGGUUUCUCCCGCAUCUGCUCGCGGUUUUCUUUCCUCAUUUCCGGAGCUGUUUCUUAAUGUUGGUAUCUUACUCGGAUACGUUUCGAAUUACGCAUUCUCCAGCCUUCCCCUUCAAUUAGGAUGGCGAUUUAUGCUUGGAAUCGGAUUUGUCCCAUCGGUGUUCUUAGCCGUCCUUGUGAUUCUUGUAAUGCCGGAAUCCCCUCGGUGGCUUGUAAUGCAAGGCCGUCUCGGCGAAGCCAAGCAAGUACUCAUCAGAACCUCAGAUUCCAUCGAAGAAUCUUUUCAACGCCUCGACGACAUCAAAGCCGCCGUCGGAAUUUCAGCGAGUUGCAUAGACGACGUCGUUGAUAUCCCAAAACAGAUCAGCCAUGGGAGCGGCGUGUGGAAAGAGUUCCUUUACCCAACGCCAGCCAUCCGCCACAUCUUGAUAACCGCCAUCGGCGUGCAUGUGUUUCAGGAAGCCACCGGCGCAAACGCCGCCGUUUUAUACAGCCCUAGAAUCUUCGAGAAGGCCGGAAUCUCAUCCUCUGACCAGAAGCUUCUAGCUACGGUGGCGGUAGGGGUGGUAAAGACGGCGUUCAUCUUGGUGGCCACAGUCCUGUUCGAUCGUGUGGGACGGAGGCCGUUGAUUUUGAUGAGCCUGGGUGGAAUGGCUGCAUCUUUGAUUACAUUAGGGGUUGGGUUGACGAUUAUAGAGCGGUCGCAGGAGGAAAGCACGUGGUUGGUUGGGUUAUGUGUAGCCAUGGUGUUAACCGACGUGGCAUUCUUCUCGAUGGGUAUUGGGCCAAUGUGCUACGUGAGCUCGGAGUUAUUUCCAUUGAGACUACGCGCUCAAGGGAUGAGCUUGGGGAUGGUGGUGAAUAACGUGAUGAGUGGAACUGUGUCGAUCACGUUCUUGUCCUUGUACAAUGCCAUUACAAUAGGUGGCGCGUUUUUCCUCUACGCCGGGAUUGCGAUUGUGGGUUGGGUGUUCUUUUAUGUCCUCUUCCCGGAGACACGUGGACAUAAUUUGGAGCAUGUGGAGAAGCUUUUUGGUAAUUUGCUCUGGAAAUUCUCUCCUAAGAAAUAUGAUGAUAGUUUCGUCGAUGACGUGGAAACUACCCAAAAUGCUUAGCCUUUUUUUAAUAUACCAAAACUGCCCCUUCCAAAGUUAGUAAAAUGUAAACCAUCUCACCUUACUUUUACGGGUCCACUUGGAUUACAUUUUUCUUUUUUUUAAUUUGCUUUUCGGAUUAGUUUUGAGUUCAUAUUACAUUUUAAAAAGAUGUGUUGCCUCAAUUCAAUCUAAAUUUUUAAUCUUAUUAAAUUACAACAUAUUAUUACUUGUAAAUCU